AUGAACAUUUCAAAAUGGGAAAAUUAUAUUGAUACUUUAGAGAAUGCAAAACUAUGGAUAAACAAAACCAAUCUUCCUUUAAAUGAAAUUUGUCUUAGUUCAAAAGAAAAUGAUUUGAGCAAUCAACUCAAUGAUGACAAUCAAGUUGAUAAUUCAAUGAGUUUGGACAAGUUUCCUGAUUUGGAAUCUGAAGAAGCGUAUCUUAAUAAUCGUUUAAAAGAAUUAGAAAAUGAAAUGAAAUCUGAACUAGAACAUUUGAAACAAAUUCAACAAAUUAAAAGUGACUCCUUUACAGCUAAUUCAAAUUAUCAACUACAUUGUUGGCGAUCUUUGUUGAAUAUUGAACAAAUAAACCUAACCACAAGAUAUUUUAAUGAUGAAUAUAAAGUAAGACCUCAGUCUGCUGUUGAGCGACGUUCAAAUUCCGGAAAACUUUGUGAUAGAACUAAGUUACUUGAAAGAAAUCUCGGCUAUUAUUUUGGUUUACCUGAUGAGGCGAGAACAAGGUGUUGGGGAGCUGGUUGUGAAUGUGACAGUUGUUUACAGAAAAAAACUGAGACAGUUGUCACUAAUACAGAAAACUAUUCAAGGUGUAAAGUCGAAGAGUUUGGCAGACUAUCGGUUGUUGAAGUUUCUGCCAAUGCUGCCAACUUCACUGUCCCAACUAAACCAACCGAAGAUGAUAAGGUUUCUGGUCCUGGUACCUCAAGUUCUUUGAAACUCCAGCUAGCCUAUGGUGUUGGUGAGACAUGUCACUCACCGUCUUUGGAUUUAAGUGACUUAAAAGAGUUGGGUAUGGAGUCUGUGACUAAUCACUGUCCUGUUGUGGCGAUUGGUUCGUCUACAUAUCAAAAUGUUUGUGAUGAGAUUGAUAGGUCAGUUGUAGAAGUAUCUAAUAUUACUGGCAAUCACUAUGUUAAAACUGAACAAACUGGUGAGAAAGCAGUUUGUUUUCUUGAUCCUUUGGCUGCAGGAGCAAUAGCGUUGUCUGAUGACAAUGAUUCAACCUAUGAAUUCACAUCUAUGACAUCUUGUGCUGCUCAAACAUUGCAUGAAAAUGUGAAAAAUGAUGUCAUUUCAAUACCGGAGAUUUCCUUAUCUGGAUCAGAAAACUGCAACAGCAACUUUUUGAGGUUGAACAAGUCUUUACAGAUUGAACAAAGUGAAGAAUCAACUCAAACAACUAAUCUAAUGGAAUAUAUUCAUAAACAAAUUAUUCAUUCAACAUCACGUAAUACUAAUCUUAAAACACAACCAUCUAUUGUUACGAAUGAAUUAAGCUGUCAAGCAGUCUGUCUCAACUUUUUCAAUGUUAAAUUUGGAAUAACAAAUUUCAGUAGUAUUUCAACAUACUUCACUUUUUUAAAGUUUCUAAUAAUAAAUGAAUGUGAUCUGAAACCAAAUGAUCUUAAAGGUAUAACUCAACUAAAUAAUCUGGAAUUUUUAGAUGCAAGUAUAUACAAAAUUUGUAAUCUUAUCACAAAUAUACAAAUAAAACCUUCAAAUACAAAAUGGACUAAUGAAAAUCUUAAUUUGUUAGAUUUAUCCGACAAUGAAUUAACUGUUAUUGAUGAAGACUUAACAUCUCUGUUAAAUAUCACUAGGUUACAAUUAUCUUCAAAUACUUUAAAUAAGCCAUUUCAAACUGGAUUUUAUGGCGCUACAUUACAAGAACUGGUCUUAGAUCAUAACAAUUUAACCUCAAUAAACUGGUUAAGUGAAAGUUGGUUACCAAAUCUCAUUUAUUUGAAUGUAAGCAAUAACAGGAUAAUUGAUUUACCUAUGCUGCCGUUUCCAUUAUUACAAAAGCUUAUAAUCAGUCAUAAUUUGAUAAAUGAAAUUGAGUCUCUCUUCAGAGGAACAAAAAUUUUACCACGUAAUUGUAUGUUAGAUAUCCGGUGUAAUCCUUGUACACUGCGUUUGAAUUUUAUGGAAAGUAUCAAAGAAAAGUUUCCAAACACAAUAAGCACUUCUAAUCAAGAUAGUGUUUUGACAAGGACAAUAUUUCAAAAUCAUGAAUUCCAAGCUACUGUUUUCAGUGAAAGUAUUUGUCAGUGUUCACAAUGUAUUCAUUUGAGAAUGUCAUGUGAGCAAUAUUACAAAGAAUAUCAAAAAUGCGCAAACUGUCUGGACUUAACAUUUAAGCGUAUCAACGAUGCAGUUACGAAUCAUGAAUUACUGUGUCUUGAUAAGCCAAUUUCAAAUAGUCAUGUAUUAUGUCACUUAAAUUCGAACAAUAAUCUUCACUUGAAAAAUCAGCUUGUUCAUUUUAAUAAUCAAAAUAUUAUACUCAAUAUUUUUUCAAAAGAAAACCAUUGCUCACUAAUAUGUCACUAUAUAGAUCUAAUUGAAGAGAUAACCGUAUUGAAGAGAAAGCAAAUUGAUUUAUUGAAGUUAUUUUGUCAUGAAAUGAACAAUACAGUGUCAGUGAAUGAUACGAAAAAUGAUUUUCAAGUUCUUCAAAUUAAAAUAAUUGAAGCCAUGUCAUACGCUGUGUAA